ACCACUUCCAAAGACUAGAUACAAACAACACGCUGUAAAAGAAGUUACGCUCAUCGGAAUGUUUUUGCACAUCAAUUAGGCAGCAGCUCCCGACGAAAGCUUGGAAAUUCAUAUCCUUAUGACAAUGAAAGUCCUCGAUCUCGGCCAGUGCACCUUUCAAUGAAUCAGUCUGGCAGCAAGUCCUGCGAUGGUCGUGAUCCAAGCAGGGCCCGAAUGGAGUCACUGCGAUGGGACCGCACAUUGCAAUUCUGAUGACGGUUUCUGUAAACUAGAACGGGCUCUGAAUUCGUGGAUAUGGACCUCGGAACGAGAUGUAACUGGGAAUUUCAGUCCAUGUUCACGUCGCAUGCAGAGGAGGGCUGUAAAGGUGGGCCAGGCGAGCGAUCACAAGAAGUACAUGGUGCGCACAGCAACAAGGCCGCGAGAAGAACAGGCCGAGGACUGCGGACAGCAUGUUGGAUGGGAGAGCUGCGGAGCUCGAUGCGAAUGAACGACGGGAUCAGCAUGUGACCAUCGGCGGCGUAUGUUUCGUACGGGCCGUGACGUGAAGAUGUGGAAGCGUUCGCUGCUCCAGGGGCAGUCCCACAGGCGCUGAUGGAGGCGCGGAUGGGUACCAUAUCCUCACGACCUUCGCUGCCGGCAAUGCGGACUGAAUCGGGAAAUCCUCUCAAACAUCCAUCCUCUCCACAUCUCGGGAUCAUGGUGGGAAAAUGUGCUCUCCCUCCACCGCUCGCCUGCCCCUCUCCAAUUCUGAAUUGCCCGACUCUGAAGCCGGGUCCGCUGCAGGUGCAGGUGCAAUUCUCUCCGCCCUGUGCUUCUACAGUCGUGCGCUCUAAUAAUACUGAAGCAGAUCUGGGAAUGUAUGCCGUCGGUGUCAUGCAGUUUACUCGUGGAACUGGACUCGGUGUGUAUAAAUGACUCACCGGAUUCCGCCAAAUUCAAAUCGCAGUGCUACCUGUCCAGAGAGAUAGAGAGGGCCAUCGCAUAAUGUCGGAGGGCAGGUGAAUUGUGCCUCGAUCGUUCAGUUUAGGAUUGAGGAGAAGAAGAGAGUCGUGCUGUUGUGGUGGCAAGCAUGGUCGGGAUGAGGGGACUGGCAGUUUUCGUUAUCGUGGCGCUCUCGUGGAUCGAGAGCGGCCAUGCUGCCGCAACCUGCAGCUGGGCAGAUUCUGCAGCGCUGCUGUCGUUCAAGAGUGGCUUCUUGGACAAGGGGCAGACCUUCGGGACUUGGAAGUCUGGCACCGACUGCUGCUCUUGGGCCGGUGUCACGUGCAAUGACGCAGGCCGAGUGAAGGGGCUCGAGCUGAUGGGACCUGAUCCUGCCGUGGGUGCGCUCGGCUACUCGACUACGUUCGUGCCUGGAGUGAGUCGCAUUCCUGAUCUCACGGCCGCCGCCUUGCCGGGAGCGCCAUUGAGCAAUCUGGCCGCUCUCGAGGUGAUCAACUUCCAGAAUGUGUUCUUCAACUCCAGGAUUCCUGACUCGUGGAUGAAGCUCACAAGCCUCAGAAUUCUGCAGCUGGACUCUUGCAACAUCACGGGGUCCAUUCCGACCACCAUCAACCAGCUCAAGAGCUUGGAAACUCUGCACAUCAGUGCGGGAUGGACGGCCUCCGUGGCUCUCACGGGCUCGUUGCCCUCGCAGGUCUGCGACUUGACGAAACUUCUGUUCAUCGGGCUCGAGGGCAAUUCUCUGACAGGUCCGUUGCCUUCGUGCUUCGACCGCUUGCGAUCCCUCAGGUCCCUGCACUUGGCAGAUAACAGCAUCACCGGAACACUCCCGUGGAGCAUUGGAUUAAUGCCUUCGCUCUCGGAGCUCAACCUCGCCAAUAACCAGAUUUCUGGCUACAUUCCGGGAUCGAUCGGUUCUCUUCCUAACAUCACGUACCUGAACCUGGAGAACAACAAGCUUUCUGGGCCUCUUCCCGGGUCGUUCUCCCUGCUGUCCAAUCUCGUUGAAUGCAGGCUCGGCAACAACCAGCUGUCGGGCAGAAUUCCCACUGAUCUCAACAGCUGGACCAAGCUUCAGGUUCUGGAAUUCCAGAACAAUCAAUUCUUUGGAGAGAUUCCGGCCUCUCUCGGAAAGCUGACGAGCUUGGUGUCUCUGGCGCUCGAUAACAAUAAGUUGUGGGGCUCUAUCCCGAGAGAGCUGGCUAGCAUCAGAGGAGGCCGCAUCACUCUCAGCAACAACCGCCUCUCGGGGAGCAUUCCCGCAGACCUUCUGAACAACGAGCCGUACUAUCCUGCUUUGCACCUCGAUGUGUCGCACAACUUUCUCUCGGGGCCUUUGCCUCAAACCAUCGGCAAUGUCUGGGCGUUUCUGGCUUCGUACAACGAGCUGUCGGGUGGGUUUCCUCUGCAGCUGGCUAGCGUCAACACGGUGGACCUGUCGAACAACAGGCUCGACCAGAAGAACAAGAUCGGGAGGAAGGCGAAUUUCAGCACCAAUCCUCUGUACCCGCAAGCUCACAGCAUCCGAGAGCUUCAUCUGAACAGCAACAAGUUCAAAGGCGACUUCCCCGCAUGGCUCUUGGAGCUCAACAGCCUCAGGCUUCUGGAUAUCUCGGACAAUAAGUUCACUGGCCCCUUGCCAGACGCCAUCUUCGACUUCCCGACUCUCUGGGCCCUGAAUGUGUCUCACAACCAGUUCAGUUCUCAACUCCCGUCCAACCCCUACAAAAACGUGCAGGGAGGCCAGGUGCUUCAGAUGCUGGACUUGCACGACAACCAGUGCUCCGGCCCCAUCUCUACCUCAUUCUUGGCAGCUCUGGCUAAGCAUGGAAUCAUGGGGCUCGAUCUGUCGGAGAACAAAUUCACAGGAAAAUUGGACCAGUCAAUCGGGACCAUCGGUGGUGUGGGUGCUGCUGAUCCAUGGACAUUCCAUUUGGACGUGUCGGAUAACAAGCUCUCUGGUCCCAUCCCUGAGACGAUCGGACAACUGAAGAAUCUCAAAUACCUCGACCUGUCCGCCAAUAGCUUCAGUGGAUCAGUGCCGACGUCCAUAUCCCAGCUCAAGCAGCUCGUCUACUUGAACCUGUCUGACAACGACCAGCUUAAUGGAGUUGGCAACCACCAGAAAGGCCAUACGGAGCUGGAGUUCUGAUCUGCCGUGCAUAACUUUUCAACUUCACCAAUUUUUCUCUUACAUCUGUCUGUGCACAAUUAAUGUUUAGUAAGUGCAGUUUCUAGGAAGGCAGCAUGCAGAUGAAGUCCAGCUAGCAAAUAGCUAGUUAGAGAUGGUAUGAGAGUGCUGCAUACGGCAUUGGCUUUUCAACUCCAUAAAUGGAGGGUAAUCAGAAUAAUGUUUUUGUCGUUAGAUAAAAGUAGAACUUAGUGCAUCACAAUGUUCUCUGUCCUGUACACACGCAUUAAAAAGGGUACGAGUAGUUCUAGAAAUCAUCGUUGUGGUUCACUGUCUGGUGCUCCGAACUGGGUCAUGGUGCUGCGGUGGUUUGAAGCUUGUAUAUAUUGGUAUCUGCUUGCUCUUCAGUGU